UCCCAAUUUUCCUCCUCACUUCUGAGUUCCGAGUUCUGACAUCCGAGUCUCUGCUAUCCAGCCGCUUGGCUUUUCCAAUUUUUUUUUCUUUAUUAUUUUCUUUGUCUUUAAAGCGCGGCUCAAUAAUUUUAAUAGAGUAUUAGGGUUUUAGCCACGCACUUGCUUCACUCCAUCUCAAUAACGUUGCACUCCGAAAAAGAAAAAAGAAAACUCUUCCGAAAAAUAGGCUCUCUUCUCUGUAUUCGUUGAAUCAUUCACUUUUUUUUUUCUUUUAAAUCCGUUAUCCUCUCUGAUUUUCAUUUCCAGUUAUUGGAUUUUAUGUUUGAGCCAUACUUCUUGGUCUUGGCCAGGGCUUUUUUCACCCACUAAUUCGUUCUAUUAGAUUUUAUCAGGAAAUUUGUGAGGAAUACUAGCGGAAAGCCAGAAUGCAGGCUUGUAGCGGAGCUGCAAUGAUGGGUUCUGUGCAACAACCCAUGAGGGUCAAUAGACCAGCAUUUCCUUUAAAAGGGUCUGGUAUUAGUGGAUUUCCGCACCAGAUUAAGCUUAACUCAGUGAAACCCUGUAGAGCUCAACUUGAAGGGAGCUUAGUCACUGGGAGGCCUCCCUCUUCAGUCUCUGUCCCUGUGCUCGAAAGCAGUUUUGUGGACCAUGGCCUCAGCGAAGCUGAUCCUGAGGUUCGUGCAAUUAUUAGCAAGGAGAAGGAGAGGCAGUUUAAAAGCCUUGAGCUUAUUGCCUCGGAGAACUUUACAUCCCGUGCAGUGAUGGAGGCAGUUGGCUCAUGUCUCACAAACAAGUAUUCUGAAGGACUGCCUGGUAAAAGGUACUAUGGUGGCAAUGAGUACAUUGAUGAACUUGAAAUACUUUGCCAGAAGAGGGCUGUGGCAGCGUUUCAUUUGGAUGAAAAGAAAUGGGGCGUUAAUGUUCAACCAUUGUCUGGUUCCCCUGCUAAUUUUGAGGUUUAUACAGCAAUUCUUAAUCCACAUGAUCGAAUAAUGGGUCUGGACUUACCUCAUGGGGGACAUUUGUCACAUGGAUUCAUGACUCCUAAAAGACGAGUAUCUGGCACAUCAAUCUAUUUCGAGUCCAUGCCUUAUAGACUUGAUGAAUCUACAGGCCUUGUUGAUUAUGUCAUGCUUGAGAAGACAGCUACUCUCUUUCGACCAAAACUCAUAAUUGCUGGUGCCAGUGCAUAUCCUCGAGAUUUUGACUAUCCUCGUAUGAGGAAGAUCGCAGAUGCUGUUGGUGCAUUUCUCAUGAUGGAUAUGGCUCAUAUAAGUGGACUUGUUGCUGCUUCUGUAGUUGCUGACCCCUUCGAGUAUUGUGAUAUUGUGACAACUACUACACACAAGUCUUUGAGAGGUCCAAGAGGUGGCAUGAUCUUCUUCAAGAAGGAUCCUGUUCUUGGAGUUGACUUAGAAUCUGCCAUUAACAAUGCUGUUUUUCCUGGUUUGCAGGGUGGUCCUCACAACCACACAAUUGGUGGACUAGCAGUUUGCUUGAAACAUGCACAGUCACAAGAGUUCAAGGCUUACCAAAACCAGGUAGUGUCUAAUUGUAGAGCUCUUGCAAGCCGAUUGGUUGAACUUGGCUAUAAACUGGUUUCUGGUGGCAGUGACAAUCACCUUGUACUUGUGGAUCUGAGGCCAUUGGGUAUUGAUGGGGCUCGGGUGGAGAAAAUACUUGACAUGGCCUCUAUCACCUUGAACAAAAAUUCAGUGCCUGGGGAUAAGAGUGCACUCGUGCCAGGUGGCAUCCGCAUUGGAUCACCUGCUAUGACCACUAGAGGAUUCACAGAAAAGGAAUUCACAGCUAUUGCUGACUUCAUCCAUGAGGGUGUGCAAAUAACUGUUGAUGCUAAAGGAUUAGUGUCUGGAUCAAAGCCACAAGAGUUCUUGAAGUUUGUGGUGUCUCCCGAUUUUCCUUUGACUGAUAAGGUGGCAAAUCUCCGGAGUAGAGUUGAAGCACUGACAACCCAGUUUCCCAUUCCUGGGGUAUGAAUGGUGUCGAUGCACUCUACUAAGUAAUAAUGAGAAGUUGAGAACAUCAUGAAAUUCAACACAGGUUUUAGGGAUCAAAUUUGAAUGUAUUCAUAAAGUUAUGAAAAUUUUGAAGUGUUUGAGAUCUUGUAUUGAAAAUUAUGGAUUUCACUUGGUAUAGAUCUCAUCAGUAACCACUUAUUAGUACUCCAUUGGUAGAUAGGAAAAAUUAAACCAUUGGUCAUGUGAUCAACUUUCCAUCGUCA